AUGCAAAAAAUGAAAGAGCCACGCUUACGUAACUGUGAGUACAGGAAAUUGGAGAAGUUUAUUGAUUUGCAAGUCAUCUUGCAAAGGAUUUAUAAAUUAAUAUAAACAUCCCUGAAAAUUUGCUAAAAUGUCGUUCUGUGGUUGGUUUUCUGGCGAGAAGUACAAAGACCAUUUUAAAAAUGGCACAUACACUUGUUCCAAGUGUGGGUAUGAACUGUUCGACAGCAGGAAAAAAUUUGAACAUUCCUCACCGUGGCCUGCAUUUACCGAGACUGUGCAUGCUGACAGCGUCUCAAAGCGAAAAGAGAGUGCAAGAGCUUUAAAAGUAUCGUGUGGAAAGUGUGGAAAUGGACUGGGACAUGAAUUUCUCGGUGACGGUCCUGAUGGGAAAUCACGCUUUUGAAUAUUCUCAGAGUCUUUAAAGUUUGUCUCUUUAAAGACUGAAGAUAAAAAGAAUGGUGAGGUGAAGCAGUAGGAGGACCUCAACUAAGAUGAUUUAUUCCCCUGGAGAAAACUAAUGCAAACGAUCAAUCAGCUAGAGAAAUAGAGCCAACUUUAGAAGACCAGAAAUUCUUUUAGAUAUUCAAGUAGAAUAAUAUUCCAAUAUUUCCUAUGCAAAAAUGCAUUUGUUUUUUGCCCAAAACAGCAAUCUGUCAUACUAUAAAUUCAUUGUCAGAAGCAAUAGUGAAAUAAUGUAUAUAGAUAUAGUAGAUUGAGAAUUUUUGACAUUCAAGUAACUAUAGGUACUGUGGGUGCAGUUUUCACAAACAGGACAGGGGGCAGGGGACAACAGUUUUAAGUCUAUGUCAGGCGAGACUUUUUUUAUUCCUUGUUUCGCAUACU